AUUGUGUAAAGUCCAUAACGAAACCCACAACAGUUUCGGAACCGGUAUCGGAAUCAACCCAUUCUCACCUACUGGUCAGACCUCACCGACUCAGAUCCACAGACUGGCAGAGCCACCACACCACAAUAUCCUUCUUCUUCUUCUUCUCGAAUUUUCAAACCCUAAUUACCUCUUCCAAGACUUCUCCGCCAAACGCUGUUUUUUUGUUUUUGUUUUUUCAAUGUCAUCAAAUUCCGCUUCUUCAACCUCCGGCGAUGAUGACUUCGUCGACUCGAAUUCAGUCGAGGAUCGAUUGGCGACCGUAGCAUUGGCGGACACCGUUGAGGAAUUUUCCUCGCCGCCUCCCAAUCUGGAAAGUCAAGAAGGUAUCGGUUUUGCUUCGGCGAGCGAGGGAGAAGAUGAGGACGCUGAGAAUGAUGAGGAUGAAGGAGGUGUGGCGGUUGGUGAGGGUUUUGUACGUGGUGGUGUUGUUUGGGGGAGAACUGUUUCGGAGAUUGAGGUGGAUGCGCCGGGAAGCCCUAGUAGUAGUGGGUAUGCUGGUGAAAGAGGAAGUAGUGGUGCGAGUAGUGGUGAGGUUGAGAUUGAUGAAGUUGGAAAUGAUGAGAUAAAGGAUUUGAGGAAUAAUGAUGCUGAGGGGGUUUUGGAUUCGCAAGCCUCUUGGGUGCCUGGAAAACGCCAUGUUGAUGAGGAUGAUGCUUCAGUAUCAUGGAGGAAAAGGAAGAAGCAUUUCUUCAUUCUUAGUAACUCUGGCAAACCAAUAUAUUCAAGAUACGGUGAUGAACACAAGCUAGCAGGAUUUUCAGCAACAUUACAGGCUAUUAUUUCCUUUGUUGAGAAUGGAGGGGAUCGUGUCAAAUUAAUAAGGGCUGGGAAACACCAGGUGGUUUUUCUUGUCAAAGGACCAAUUUAUUUAGUAUGCAUAAGCUGCACAGAGGAGCCUUAUGAAUCUCUAAAAGGGCAGUUGGAAUUCAUGUAUGGUCAGAUGAUACUUAUUCUAACAAAGUCAGUAAAUAAAUGUUUUGAGAAGAAUUCAAAGUUUGAUAUGACAUCUUUGCUUGGAGGAACUGAUGCUGUCUUCUCCUCCCUCAUCCAUUCUUUCAGCUGCAACCCAGCCACAUUUCUUCAUGCAUACACAUGUCUUCCCCUUGCUUAUGCAACAAGGCAAGCCGCAGGUGCCAUAUUGCAAGAUGUUGCUGAUUCCGGUGUUUUAUUUGCAAUAUUAAUGUGCAAACACAAGGUGGUGAGUCUGGUUGGUGCUCAGAAAGCUUCACUGCAUCCAGAUGAUGUGCUACUACUUGCCAAUUUCGUUAUGUCAUCAGAAUCUUUUAGGACAUCUGAAUCUUUUUCUCCAAUUUGCUUGCCAAGAUUUAAUCCCAUGGCGUUUUUGCAUGCUUAUGUCCAUUAUUUUGAUGCGGAUACUUAUUUGGUGUUACUUUCUACUAGUUCGGGUGCCUUUUAUCAUCUCAAGGAUUGCAGGAUGCGUAUUGAGACAGUCCUUUUAAAGUCAAAUGUUCUCAGUGAAAUCCAGAGAUCCUUGCUAGAUGGUGGAAUGCAUGUUGAAGAUUUGCCUGUUGAUCCCUUACCUCGAUCUAGUGCAUUAUCGUCGCAUCUGAACCUACCCAAACCUGUAACUGAUUCUCCUGAGAGGUUCAGGGACACAUGCGACGGCAUAGCUGGUCCUUCUGGACUUUGGCAUUUUAUAUACCGCAGUAUAUUUUUAGAUCAGUAUGUUUCUUCUGAGUUCCCAGCAUCAAUUAGUAGUCCUAGGCAGCAGAAAAGAUUAUAUAGAGCAUACCAGAAGCUUUAUGCUUCAAUGCACGAGAGAGGAAUUGGACCUCACAAAACUCAGUUUAAAAGAGAUGAAAACUAUGUUCUGCUUUGUUGGGUCACUCAAGAUUUUGAACUUUAUGCAGCAUUUGAUCCACUUGCAGACAAGGCAUUAGCUAUAAAGACUUGCAACCGUGUUUGUCAAUGGGUGAAAGAUGUUGAGAAUGAGAUAUUUUUGCUUGGAGCAAGCCCUUUCUCAUGGUGAUAAAACUAUUAAUCCCAAAAUAACUCUGUAGCACACCAUUGUACUAUAUUGUUUCUUUUUUUCUUUCUUUUAUCAUGCCCACACGCAUUUGCACACAUCAAAUGAGUAGGGAACAAAUCUUUAAGACUUUGUAAAGGAAUAUAUAUAUAUCUAUAUAUAUUUAUAUAUGUUUUGUCUUAAAUUUUGUAAUUUUUGGUAGAGCUUAUUGUUGAAGAGAGAAAGGAAGAAAGAAAACCUGGACCCAAUAAAUAAAGAGAUGAUUUGAGAUUUGUUUUC